AUGACUAUCAUAUAUUGCAAAAAGGUCUGGGUAAACGUUGAAAAUCCUAGCAGUUCAGAGAAUAAUUCAUUCACCUCUAAUAAUGAUUCAGUGUGCGAUGCUAUGCAAAUCUGUGGAAGUCAAAAAUACGCGGGAAACAUUCUCAUGGAGUAUGACUCUGUUAUCACGCAAGUUCCGUGCUCGUCUUUGAAUGCCGUUAUCUGUCAGAAAACUGCCAAACGAAUGGAAAGAAACGAGUCUAGUCAAAACUGCACAACACGUGUUGGACAGCUGGGUACAUACGAAGGUGGUGGCAGAAAUUACAGCAACAAUUUAAAUCAGUAUUUUAAUUUCGAAGCAAAACAAGGGUACAGAAUUAUAUUCGAACUCCUUUCGUAUGACAUUGAAUUUCAAGACCAGUGUCUAUAUGAUUAUAUUGAAACAAUUGGAAUGACAAGAGACAAGAAAUAUUGUGGCAAAAGUUCGGAGGCAGUAACCUUCAUAUCAAAAUCUUUCUCUUCAGCGAUACGUUUUAAAACGGACGAAGAUAUCACGGCGGCUGGGUUUAACUUAACUUGGUAUUGGGUCAAAAAUGGGGAAGCCUUUCAAACAAUGAAACAAGAAGACAAAUCUCUUAUCACUAUGCAUUCUGUAAAUUACCCGCAUGCAUUUCCUGAUGGAAUUAAAAAUUGCUCAAAUGUUGUUUUGCCAGAUGAUAUACGUUUACUUGUUACAAUAGAAAAACUGGCGUUACCGGGCAGUCAUUGUAGUGACAGUAGUUUUGAACUAAUGUCGGGCUCCAACGUGAUAAAAACAUUCUGUGGUGGCGCUAGUGUAGAGAGCUUGGACUACUUUUCUCGGUAUAUACUAACAGACAGUGGAAAUAUAAGCUUCUGCCUGACGGCUCCUCAACUUAGGAGAGGUGAAGGAAUUCUCCUGCAUUUACGGCAAGUUCAAGGAAAUUCCAGCAAGCUAAACAAUACUAUUACGCUUCUACCAAACGAAACGAUGGAGUUUUCUAGUUUGAUGUUUCCGCACAUGUUUCCAGCAAAAACCACACAUGAUGUUAUUUUUAGAACAAACAUUGGCUACAUAGUCACUGUAACGUUAAACGUCACGAUCAGGCAAGGGAAUCAAUGCUUAUUAGAUAUCAUACAGCUAAUUGACAUUUCUUUGAAGGAUGACAGUAAAGGGUUGAAAUUGCAUCCUUGUGUAAAUUUGACAGAUGACGUAGAUAAUAGAACAGAGGUUGUAUUCAGGUCAGUCUUGAACGCUGUAAGGUUGGUCCUAUCAAGCGGUGAUCACACGUCUGAUAAUUCCUCUUUCAAAAUCUCGGGAAUAAUCUCGUCAGUUAAAGAUCCGCUAUAUUUGAACAAAACAAGACGAGAAACUGGAACAUUCGACGAAUGCUAUGAAAAUACAUGUGAAAAUGGCGGGUCAUGUUUAACGGCAGCUGAAGGACGGUAUACCUGCAGCUGUCAGAAACAACACACAGGGUUGUUUUGUCAAGCAAGUAAAUGUGACCUUGACUUAAACCUGUGUGAUCCAAAACAUGCAAAAUGUCAUCUCACAGACUCAGGCUUUACAUGCGAAUGUGAAACUGGUUACUGGGGUGAUAGAUGUACAAUGAACAGCAUUGUUUGUCAGUAUAGAUUAUGUUCCGGUCAUGGACACUGUGUUCAGUUAAACGAUACGGAGACAGGUUGUUUGUGCGACGAGUUUUAUACCGGUCCAAGAUGCAGCAUAUUAAUACCAAAACCAGAAGAACAGCUUACCAUAGGACAAAAAUUAUUGAAAGAACCAAUCUGGAUUGGGAUGAUUGUCAUGUUAAAUCUUGUUCUUUUCUUUUGUGUAUCCUACGUUAUCAGAAGAAAAUGUGGAAAAAGAAUAGCUAGACUAUUUCCUAAAAAGACACCUACACACAACAUUUCCAAAGAAGCUGAGAAUUCGAAAGGGGAGCAUUCAGCUGACACCGAUCAUGCUGAGAGAAACAUCUCCAUUGUUUCUCUUAAGACACCGCCUGUGAUAAACAGAGAUUCUAGAUGGUCUGUGAGGAAAAAGUCGUACCGAGAAAAACUCGACAGUAUUUCUGCUCCAUCUACCCCAAUUGUCAAUGAAGAUAACCAAGAUGCGGCAAUGAAACUUUUUGCGGCCUAUAACACGAAAAAGCCGGAGUUGUCACCUAAUAUUACAGCUAUACAAGGCAACAACAUAGCAAUUAAGACAAGAGACAUCAUGUCCUGUGGUAUACAAGGUGGGACAGUCACACUUUACCCUGAUAUUGAAUUUGAAAAUCACAGCAAAGACCACGCGCACGGAAUGCUUCGUUCAUAUACAAUUAGCACCGAAAUACGAGACUUCGAAUCGAGAAUAUCCAAAGCUAGACGAGAAGCGAGAACUAAAAAGUCAUCAUCAUACGCCGGUUCCCCGACUACUUCGCGGGUUUCAAAAUCUGACGUGUCGCAUGAAAAUGCUACUCCGAAGGUAACGCACUGCUUUCCUGAAAUUAGAAUCAUCAAUGAAAAUAAUUGUGAAGAAAGAAACGUCAGCGAUAGCGAUGAAAACACUGUCUUCACAUUGCCAGUAGAGAUCAGUACAUCUCAGUCCAAAUCAGCAGAAAAUGUAUCCGAAGUAAAGACAUCCGAUCAACAUGACAGUGGUUAUCCAUCAACCACUAUUUCGACAACUCAUGAUGGCUCACAAGUUGAAGAUGCAAAUUUGAAAACGAUACCAUCAGCUUCUGUAAAACGUAAAUUAUUCAGUUCAAAAGCAAAAAGCGCGUCAUUUUAUAAACUUGGCAAUGAAAAUGAUACAAUUAAAAAGGAAGCUCGAAAAGAUACACGUGAUUCGGUAAUAAGUGAGCUUUCAUUCAAACGAUCAACAUCUGGAGAAUUUCGAUCUUUUGAAUCUGAAAGAUGCAGUUCGUGUAAGAGGGAGCAAAUAGAAAGGUGCGCUUACUCUUAUGAGACAGAUUUAGAUAAAAUGCACAGAUGUAGAAACAAACGACAAUAUUCCGCAGGAUAUAAUGGUUCACAUAACCACCAAAAGCGUCAUAGGCGCCGUAGGAAGUGUAGAUGUUCUAAACACCACAGUUACAGUAAAGAGAUCGAUUUCUAUUCACACGAUUUCCACGAGUCACCAGUAAAUUUACAGCGAGAGCAAUAUAUGCACUCUUGCCACCAUAAACCAAGUUUUGGAGAAAACUGGAAUUGGCCAAGGUACCACCGCAAUAUAAGACCUAUAAACUCGAGCACUGAGAGUGAUACGUGUUUGUGUUCUACUCAUGAAAUGAGAUGUCAUCGAAGACAUUAUCACGUAAAGGAAGCUUUUUCAGAAAAUGGUUUCCUAGACAGACAUGCUUCUGCCUCAAGUCGAGAUUUGGAUAUUUCUCCUAGAAUAGAUUUUCGGUCUGAUGGUUCAUGUAAAUCUACACUUAUGAAAUCAUUCCUGUCAGACACAUAUAGAGCAAGCUGCAAUGUCUAUUCUGGUUCAGAAGCUGCAGGUGAUAAUAUUUGCCAGAAUAAACACUUUCUGGCUUCUCCCCAAAAAUCUUCAUUGUCCAGUUCUAGAGACAAAUCAAGAAGUCCCUCGCCACGAACCAGCAGUCCUCGGCAACUGCAACUCGGUGUACAACGAAAGAGAUCUGACACUGUGGUUGAAAUAGCAAAUGAUAAUGUUAUUAAAUUAGAUGUUUCACCAGUUUCAUCUUCAAACUCGGAUAUUGUGCAAUGUCGAGAAAAGUCCUUGGUAUCUCCUUCAGCUAUUAGUCUAACAAAAGUUUAUAGAGCUGAACAAUCUUCUAAUGGGCUUUAUGAUAAUCCAGAAUUAAACACAGACAUUGAUUCUUCAGCAAAUGAACAGUUGUCAGAAGCAGAAUGUAUUUCUCAAGACGUUUGCACAAAUCAGAAUAAAAUGUCACAAAAUAUGGAUCUUCCAAAUUCAGUGAUAAGUUAUGACAUAAAACCAUUAAAUGAAAGAUUGACAAUGCAAAAAGAUUCAGCCUACCAGACAAAGCAGUCCUCAAUAGACAUGUUAAGGAGAAGCGACUCGUUAGCUAGGGGAUCAAAUGCAUUGAAGUCUAAAACAUCAGAAAAAAACGACUCCCAAGAUAUUCUAAACAGAAAUGAAGAUAGGGUUCAUAGACACUUGCAUCAAGCUGCACUGAAACUUGCAUUAUUAAAACGGUUACAAACCAAGGACUACUCUAAAGAUAGUGCGAUACAUACAUUCUCGGAAGACGACCUGUCAGCUGACGAUGGGGAAACUCGGGGAUCUUUUAGACCUUUGAUUAAACGAACUAGUGGUAGCUUAGCAUUCCAGUUCCGGGAGACAAGCUUAUCACAGGUACAGGAAGAGCAUUCUGGUGUAUCGAGAGAUACUGAGAACUACAACACUCCGACAAAUGAACCAUUCUGUGGUUCUUUCGAUAAAUUAUCCACUGAAGUUGGAAGCUCGUCUGGAAUACCUAUGACUGAUAUAUCAUCUACACAUACUGAUUCUAGUGUUGCUCAACUUGAAGAAACUAAUAUUUGACUAACAAUCAUCUGUUGAUCUUAUUGGACAAUUACUGAACACAAAAUAUAGUACUAGUACAAUAUAUCAAGACUGUUAAAGCGACUUUAACGUUGAAUAAAGAAGAAAAGCUGAAUAUAGAAGAUGUGCACGAAUUAAAGAAAGUUUGGGACUUGAUUUUACAUGCACGCCUAGACGUCUACAUGACCGAUUAAAUACAAAAUUAGUGUUGUAGAUCAACAUGACACGAUUAAAUACAAAGCUAGGGUUGCGAAUCUACAUAGUGCUAAUAUCUACAGAACUACGGUUAAUGCUCUUAUACAAAACUAUGUACACGAAUCUACACAGCAAGUUUAAAUACAAAGUUAUGGUCGUGAAGCUGAAUAAGGAUUCAUGUAACAAGAGGGAAUAAAGACUGAGGAUAGCAUGUUAGGUGAUACGCGAAACGGUUUACAUAGCUGUAAAAGCAAAGUUUUCUUAUUAACCCUUACCAUGCUAAAUUUCUAUAAUGGACUGAUCCAUCUUCCAAUUUGGGCAGUACCAUUUAUCAUUUUAAGGGGUGUUUACUAAAAAUUUACUGACUGAAUAGCGAACAAUGCAGAUCAUGAUCAGACUGCACGGAUGUGCAGGCUGAUCUUGGUCUGCACUGGUCGCAAAGGCAGAAUCACUUGCCGCCAGCAGGCUAAGGGUUAAGAAAACUUCGACACCAUACUGACCAAGACAAUAUAUAAAUUAAAACUAAUUCGAGGGGUGAAUGCGAAAUUCAUCACUCGGUUGUCUAUCGAAAAUAUAUUGUAUAUAAAUAUUUUAUAGAUAAUAGACUUACAUAUUUACGAUCAUUUUCCCUAAACUAUUACUCGAAAUAUGUUUAUGCCCUCAGCAAAUUGUCUUGGAUAGUUGAAAGCUAUAAUAAAAUACACUCUUUAAGACAUAAGCCAUUACAGAGCCGCAUAAGUAUUCAUAUUCAUUUAAGUGUAGCGGGUGUUAAAUAUAUUUUAAAUGCUUUACCUGUGAUAUAGUUACUUUUGAUACUCUGACUUAUAUUGCAAAUAUUCUUUUUCUAAGCGAUUAGUUAGACACCAAACAAAAUAAGAGGGGUUUCGAUGUGUGUUUAUAAUGUUAAACAAUCGUUUUGUAGAAACAGACGUUUAUAUGUGUCUAUAAAUUCAUAAGUUCUUUUGCCUGACUUUUCCAGGCUUCUUGAUUUCUUUCAUAUCUAUGACUAUGUCUAGGAUGCUCUGUGCUACCCUUUCCUUUUAUCUUUUAAUAACAGUUACCAAUAACUGACGCUGAAGCUCAUAUACUUUGAAAAUCUGUCCUGGUAUUCGUUUCAUAUCUUAAGUGCUAC